AUGCUCUCUGAAAUGCUCUCUGCGAAACCCAUCCUUGUGAGGGAAACCCCUUCUCAAGGUUCCUCCCAAAAGGAAAACGACCAAGGUUCCUCCCAAGAGGAAAAUGACCAAUUUGCUCGCUCCACUAAAAAAUACAAACGCAAGAUCACCCAUCUCAUAUUCAAUAGAGAUUCACCUCAACCUCAACAGCCUGUUCAUCCAAUCAAUCAGUCUAAGCAGCCUAAUUCAAUGUCAUAUAGGGAUAUGGUGAGACAAGACCAGAUGCAGGGGAACCUUCUCCAUCAAUCUGAUACCCUUAAUGAUGAUGAUGAUGAUUAUUCUGAUGAUGAUGAAGCACCUGAGGGGGUGAUAGACGAUCCUCGAUGCCCGGUCAUUCUACUCACUAAGGAGGAGAAAAUGAGAAUUAGGAAGCCCUGGAAACACACACUCAUCAUCAAGAUGUUUAAUAGAAAAAUUGGCUAUAUGGCUUUGAUGAAGAGAUUGAAGAAAAAAUGGGAACUCAAAGGUGGUUUGAUACUAACGGAUAUUGGAUAUGAUUAUUUUAUAGCCAGAUUUUCUAUUGUAGAUGAUUAUAAUCAUGUGUUAACACAAGGGCCUUGGAUGCUUGAUGAUAACUAUCUCACUAUUAGGAAAUGGGUUCCAAAUUUCAUUCCUGAUGAUGCGCCUUUAAGGUUUCUGACUGCUUGGGUGCGUAUCCCCAACCUCUCUGUGGAAUACUUUGACAAAGAAUUUCUUCUCAAGGUUGGUAAUAAAAUUGGGAAGGUUGUUAGGAUUGACAACAACACAGCUAUGGCUCAAAGAAGUCAAUUCACAAGGCUAAGUAUAGAAUUGGAUCUCUCUAAACCGCUUCUUUCUAAAUUCUGGCUUAAAGGAAAGGUAUUGAGAGUGCAAUAUGAAGGUCUGAGAUUGAUAUGCUUCAACUGUGGCAAAAUUGGUCACCAAUCUGAUAAGUGUCCUGCUGUCUGUGACAAAGAGUUAAAUGGUGAAGCUGAGAUGGAUUUUAAUCCUACUAAUAUCCCACUUGCUCCAAGAAUUGAAGAAGAAUAUUAUGGUUCCUGGAUGAUAGUGAAAAAACCACCACCAAGGAAGCGGAAUCUGAGGCCGGAAAAAACAGCAGGACGGGCUCAAGCAACCCCAGCAGCCCGUCAAAUUAAACCCAGGCCCAGCUAA